AUGCCUAAAAUCUCAAAAUCCAAGCGUUUUAGAGGCAAAAAAGCAUGGGAAGUUAAAAGAGAAAGUGCUAGACAGGAAUUAGAAGAUGUUACUGGUGGUAAAGUUGGAAAAAAUAAAGUUUCAAAUGCUAGGCCUAGAUCUCAACAACUAGGAAGUAGUGGUGGUACUGCUGCUGGUGGGCGUAACCCUGAUGAAGCGUUAGGCCUAGAUGAGAGCAUGUCAACAAGGGCUGGGACUAGUGCUAGCAGUAUUGGAGCAACACCAAAUGAAGAACCAGGUUCAAGUGAGAGUUGUUCACCUACUACAGCUUCUCAGAGGAAACUAGCCAGUUCCAGGGUUUCUGUAAACCAAACAUACACCGGUACGUUGCCACCAACUGUACUGCCGUCUGCGGAAGGUUUUCGUUUAGUGGAUAUGGAAGACUUCCAGAGGAGUUUGGAGAAUGUUCACAGAUGUAGGAAUGCUAAGCUUGAUGUCAUUGAAACAGGACAGCGUAAUGGACUUCACUCUCAAUUUAUUGCAAAAUGCAAAACCUGUGGGAAAUCAUCGGAGUUUGAAACUUCUACUUUGCGGACAACCAAACUAGGUCGAUCUUUCGAAGUCAACCGAAGAGCUGCAUAUGCCAUGUCUGAAUUAGGACUGGGAAGAGAGGCAAUGGUCACGAUUUGUAGUAUUUUUAAUAUGCCACCUCCACCAAAUCCUAAAAGUUGGGCAGACCAUGUAACCGCAAUUCAUUCUGCAUUGCACGAAGAGGUAACGGAGGAGUUGCGAAAUGCUGGAUCACGUCUACGGGAAAAGAUGAUAGCUGAUCAACAUAUAACUGACAGUGACCAAGAUGACCCAGUUGAUGUCAUGGUAACAUUUGAUGGAACAUGGCAGAAACGAGGGCACUCAUCAAACUUUGGAGUGGGUGUAGCAAUAUCGGUGGACACAGGAGAGAUCCUUGAUGUUGAGAUUUGCUCCGAAUGUCAGAAAUGGGAAUACCUGAAAGGUUCAAAUAUAUAUGACGAAUGGAAAGCCAGUCAUGAAGGCAACUGUCUAAAAAACUAUGAUGGUUCCAGCCAUAGUAUGGAAGUAGAAGCAGCCAAGAGGAUAUGGAGCAGGUCCAUUGAUCUCCAUCAAAUGAGAUACAAAUGGCUUGUAUCGGAUGGUGAUGCAAAGACUUUAUCUGCCUUGAACGCAAUGAAGCCCUAUGGUGACGAUACAGUCGAAAAGCUUGACUGUAUAAAUCACGUCCACAAGCGACUUGGAACCAACCUCCGCAACCUCAGAAAAACAGAAAAAACGUGA